AAACCGUUCUGUCCACCGCCGGAUCUAAUUGGAGAGCAUCCCUACCACGUGAGCAGUUUGAAACCGACCAAAGUGGAAAUAUGUGUGACUCUGUCUCACUUGCCGAUGGACAGCGAGAGCAGACGGACAUUCCACACCAAGACUCAAGUAGUCAGCUUACUCACCAGGAACUCACACAACAGCCAAUUCUGCAAAAUAUCUAGGGACACUGAACGGCUGAUCAUAGGCAGGCUCAAGAAUCUGAAGAUGCAAGCGAGGAAGAGGUGUCAGGAAAGGGCAGAGUUGAGAAAGAUGGACGAAGCCAGGCAGAACUUUGCUAAGGUGUUGGGAAACACGAAACCCAUCAGAAAACUAACCCGAAAAGAGACGACACGACUGAUGUUGCGUAGCGAGCGAGAGAUGACGUCAUUUUCGUGGAACGACUCCACAGACCAGACAUUCGAUGCCAUGCUAAGGCGUCCGAGGAGCUGCAAACAUCUGAGUCACUACAUAGACCUCUCUGAGACGGUGGAACAGUUGCACUCCAGUGGGAUGAAAGUGAAUCGAAGUCAGAUUGCAGACCUAGAGUCGCUUAUCAACCAGAGUGGUCCAGUUUUACUGGAUAGCUAUAAGACGAGAAGAGAGGCUGAACGGUUUCGACCAAUCAGAGUUCGAAAGUCAGAUACGAGCGGUGAAAGUGUCUCAUCAGAAACAUAACUGUUCUUUUGGAAAAUUCAAGGACUGUUGUAACUUCAAACUUGAACUUGUUUAACCGGCAACCUUUUCACUAAAUCUCCACAUCUUAGCUUAGUUUCAUGAUAAGCUUUUGACUAAGAGUGUUACUUGAGACUAAAAAAUGACAGCUUGAAAAAUCCUCAGAAAAAAAA